CUCCUGUCCUGCCCGACCACGUUCGAACCCUACAGUUCCGCUCCAUUGAAUCAUGCAUAUAAUUUAGGAGAUCGGCAACGCCACACAUCGAGUUUCACCUUACAACUCGACCCAUUCGCAUCCCGACAACACUCCCUACAAAAACCCAUUCGACCCUUCCUCACACCAUCGAACGCGUCGGGCCUCAAACCAACCAUCCAAACUCCCAAACCUACCUCAUAACUCCUACCCUCCUUCAAAAUGUCAUCGCACUACACCACCGAACCCCCGGCCACCGCAUCCGCGACCCUCAACACCACCUUCGGCCCUCUACAAAUCGCCCUCUUCGCAAACCAGACCCCGCUAACGUGCAGAAACUUCCUCCAACACUGCAAGGACAACUACUAUGCCGGCACGAUUUUCCACCGCAUCGAACCCGACUUCAUCAUCCAGGGCGGCGACCCCACGGGCACCGGGUCCGGCGGCACCGCGAUCUACGAGGACCGGGAAUUCGAAUAUGACCAGGACGCGCGCGAUCCCAACGAGAAGGUGGUGCUGCGGGAUGAGCUGCACAGUCGGUUGCGGUUCAAUCGGCGCGGGCUGGUGGGGAUGGCGAAGAGCGAGGACGGCACGUAUGGAAGUCAGUUCUUCAUCACGCUGGCGAAUACGGAGCGCGAGCUGAACGGCCAGUGUACGCUGUUCGGGCGCAUCGAGGGAGACAGUAUAUACAAUGUGGUGAAGAUCGCGGAGGCCGAGAGGGUCGAGGGCACCGAUCGGCCUGUGUACCCUGUUAAAGUGACGUCUUGCGAGGUGGGCGAGUUGGGUCCGCUGGAGGGCAAGAUCAAGGCGCGACAGAUCACGGCGACCGCGACGGCGAAGACGGAUGACAAGCCCGCGCCGAAGAAGAAGAAGAAGGCACCCAAGGGCGGCAAGACGCUGCUGAGCUUUGGUGAUGACGAGGGAGACGUCGACAUGCCCGUGAGACCUGCAAAGCCCAAAUACAACGCCGCUCUGGUCACGGACACGAACCCCCCGACGACCAACGAGUCCUCGAAGCCAGCUCAAGCGACGAAACAGCCACAGUCAGCGCCAACACAGACUCGAAAACGACCCCGAUCCCCAUCCCCCCAGCCAGAGCGCAAAGAGCGAGUCAAGACGCCCGAGCCAGCUGCGCAGCUCCCUCUACCGGACCCUGAAUCUCCAGACCGCUCGCCCUCGCGAUCACGAUCCGAAUCCCCCUCCGAAGCCGAAAAAGAGAAACCGACCAAGCUAUCCCGCACAAAUGCCGCCAUCGAGGACCUCAAAGCCUCCAUGCGCCGCAACGUCCACACCGGGCCCUCCGACGGCGGUCGCAAGAAAUCCGCGCUCGAGGCCAUGAUCCCUGAGACGGCCAUCCGCGGGCGUAAACGCGGCGCAGCCAACGGCUCCCGCAGCAACGCCAACGGCCUCACGGGCUUCAGCAGCUCCGCGGAAGCCGACACGCUCAAGAUCUUCAACGCCUUCAAAGCCAAGCUCGAGAACGCAGACUCCACCCCCUCCAACACCCAACCACCAUCCAACACCCACGCAUCCUCAUCCUCAUCGCAUCCCAAACCCGACUCCUCCGCCCAACAGCCCGACGACGAAGAAGCCCAACUCUGCGACCUGCACUUCAUCGCGAACUGCCAAUCCUGCCAAUCAUGGGACACCGAGGCCGGCGCCGAAGACGCAACCGGCGCGGCGGCCGCCGCAGCAGACGACGAUAAGGGGUGGCUCACGCACGAGCUGCGCUUCGGCAAAGACAUGCUCGGCAAGGACCUGAACUGGAAGCGCGAGCAUCCGGACGACGCGGACUCCUUGAUGGUGAUUGAUCCGCGGGAGCGGGAGAAGGAGUUCGCAGGAGGUCGGAAGAAGGGUCUUCAACGGGAUCGCGAACGAGAGAGGAAGCGUGAGCAGGCGGGUAAUCUGGAGUGGGACAAAGGGAGAAAGUAAUUGCUCUUUUGGACGGUUUAGUUCUUUCUUAUAUGCUACUUGUUUAGGAAAUACUAGUGGCUGUGGAUAUAUACAAG